AUGUACGUAAGCUUGUGUCUUGAGGCACAAUCCCUACCUGCUCUGUUUGGUGUAUUAAAAAGUCAGACUGACACCAUCAAAGAAAACCUGACAAAAGAAAAACUGCAAGAAGAAAUUGCACAAAAACGUCUAAAGUGGAAGAGGAAAAAAAUGAAACACCAACAUUUAAAGAAAAAAGCCUUAAGAGAAAAAUGGCUCUUGGAUGGUCUUAGUUCUCUCACUCCAAAAGAACGAGAAAUGCAGAAGCAGAAUCAGGAGGACCAGCAACGAACUUAUGAGCUGGAACAAGAUAUUUCCAGACUGGAGAAUGAAAUCAAGGCCCUGGAAAGAGAGGAAAUGGAAGUCUCAGCUAAGGAAGAAGCAAUUUUAAAGAAACUAAAAUCUGUUGAGAAAACAACAGAAGAUAUAAUAAAGUCUGUGAAGACUGAGAAAGUAGGAGUUGCAAAAGAGGCAGCAGAUUACAUAUACAACAGCAUACCUGACCUGCCCAAGGAUUUCAGGCCUUCUGUACUGAAAAGUACAGCACAUGCUGCCAAUGAUGAUGAAGAAAAGAGAAAAGCAUGUUGCCAUGGGAAGAUUAAAGUGAAGAAGACACUGAAACAGGAGAAAUACACAGUGUUACAAAACGAACCUCUUCCUCAAAUGAGUUUAAAGAGACAGGAAAUUAAGCACGAUUCUCAUGAUGAUGGCAGGAAGUCAGUCUAUGCAGUGCCCUCAAAUGGCAGCACAACACAAAAUGAGAUGGAUAAACUUGGUCCUGUUGAGGUGGAGGACCUGCUACGACAGGCCACUGAAAAAAAUUCCCAGUCUCCCACAGAGUAUCAUGAGCCUGUGUUUGCAAACAAAUUUUGUCGGCCAGUACUCUCUCAGAAAGAGAAGUUAGUACCUGGACCAAAACUAGAAGACACAUACAGAAGAGAGAUGAAUGGAUUUAGCAACCAUCAAACAGAAUUCUCCUCCAAAACACAACCCUUAAAGCAGCAACAUAAAGAGAAUGGGCUUGUUCCAAAGGUAAUACAACCAAAGUCUCCCUCCUCUCCAGUGUUCUCCUAUACAGAGAUGGAAGUGCACCGUAACCCGAGAACAGGGUGAUCUGUAACAAAGAAAGAAAAAUCUUCACAUGAGGAAUUAAAACCUUUCCAGGAUAUAAGAGAAAGAUAUAAUGAGACAAGUUUAAGUCCUUGCCAUCCUAAAAAAACAUCCACUGCACCUAAAGAUGAAGAUGAUGCUCAGUACAGCAUUGUCCAAGCUGUACCAUGCUACGUAGACGACUCUGAACCAGUAACAAUGAUUUUCAUGGGUUAUCAGCGCAUUGAUGAUGAGGAGGAAGCAAACCAAAAGUUGUCACAAUAUGAUGGGGUUAUCCACGCAGAAUUAGUGAUCAUUGAUGAUGAUGAAGAUGACAGCAAAUCUGAGAAACCAGCAUAUCAUCCCAUAGGCCACUACAGCCAGGUUUAUCAGCCACCAAGCAGGAAAACCACAGAAGUCCCACAGUCAAACCCUGUGAACAGUAUGGGCAAAAGCCUAAACAAGAUACCCCACAAAAAUUCCAUCUCCCUGCAAGAACAAGAGGAAUGCUUAAAUUCAGCAACACAGCGCCAUCUUCACAGCCAGGUAUCUGAAGAUGGUACUGAAGAUCCAUCACUAACAGCUCUGAGGAUAAGAAUGGCAAGCUGGGGAAAAAGUGAUUUAACUACCAUAAUGACAUGGAAGUAAGAUUUACUACUCAAAGCAGAAUAAAGCUAAGAAGAGUUUCUUCAACAGCUUUUUUGGAUCAGAAUGCUUGCUUUUCUCCUGUUUUAUGCAUCUGGGUUGUUUACCCUCUGCAUAAUCCAGUGGGCUCUGAUAGAGACAGAUUUGACCAAACUGCCACAUACACAAAUCACAUCCUCGAUUUUGUUGAAGCAGUGGAAAGUUACCUAAGACCAUAAGCACAAUGUACAUCCAAGUAUGAAGACAUGUGAGUACCUGUUCCCACAAUCAGGAAUGCCUUGUUGCUAUAUACACAGAGCAGAUAAACACCCAUCUCCACAGAACUUCACAGGACUUGUUCCACUACAAAGUGUGCCAGCCUACCCGAUUUUGAUUGAAAAUGCCGCCCAGCAUUUUUCCGGUAAAGACAUUAGUUAAUAAAAAACUAAACACGAGAGACAGGAGCAGGAAGAAAUAAGAUCAUUUCCAAUUUUAACAACUUGGCCAAAAUUGAAAGCAUUCAUUUUUAAGUGCCAGAAAAAAAUAGUUAAAUAUUUAAACAUUUUACCACCUUUUAGAGCUCCACAGUCCAUCGACCUUUUUAUUUUAUGUAUGACAAUAUAGCCAUUCUCAGACCCUGCUCCCUACUCCAUACCACAUAAAUGCUGCCCACCCAUAACCUUGCAGAUCAACCCUGUGCAUAAUGCUGCAAGCAGCCUGACCUCCACAGCAUGGUCUCACCUCCUAGCUUCGUACAGAAAGCCCUGCUUUUCCAGGGAACUGGAUGCCAGACAGGCAGUUCCUGUCCAUUAGAAAAAAAAAAAAAAAAAAACAAAAAAAACCACCAAAAAAAAACAACACAAAAAAAAAAAACCAAAAAACCCACAAAAAACCCCCCAAAAAACCAAACAAUAAAAAAACCCACACACAACCAAAACUGCUUAAUAUACAGAUUCCAGCUGUUGAGGAGAUGAAAUGAAUGCAAGACUCCCAGAAAUGCAAGACUCUCAGAAACACUGAGUUGCCAAAUGGCUUGUCCUGCAGCUGCAAGCAGGUCUAUUCCAGGUGUAGCAACUGCUGAGCACAGCUCUCCAGCAAGGUCCCAGGCCUGCACCAAGGAACAAGUUCAUUUUUCCACAUAAGAACAAAUGGCCCUAAAACCAGCCAUAAGGUACAUCUAGAAAUACCACAUGCAAGUCAGAUUUUUCCAGCACAUAGCACUUAGGGGAAGGGGAAGUGCCUCACAGCACUAUAUUCAAAUCAGUAUGAUAGCUUUAUUUUCCUAGGUCUUAUCCUGGUUUGAAUUAUUAAACAGAUAAAGCUCAGGUUGUGUUAUUCUAUCAUAGCUGACUCAAAUUAUACACCAGCAAAACACAUCUAACUUUUUUUGCUGGCCUUCCUCGUUUCAAAGCAUGAAACUGAAGCUUCUACCUCAUACUGAAGCACAACGACCUGGGGCCUCUAAGCUCUUGGUGGCUCCCAGUUUGAAAGGGGUAAUAAUUUCAGAUGUUAGGACUUGUCAGAGAUGGCUACCUAGAGAAUGAAAUAGUAGGUAAGAACAAAUAAAUUUAAUUUUCUCUAUGUU